AUGGAGGGCUCCAAAAUCAUCAAGCCGUGGAAACUUAACUCCCACCGAACUCUAGUCUUCAUAAACGCAAGCAUCAUCGACCCCGUCGAAGGACAAUUGAUCCCCAACGCUACAGUCCGCAUCUCCAAUGGCCAAAUCACCUCGGUCGAGACCAACUCAACACCAAGCAAUGCAUCUGAGGAAGCAAUCGACCUAAACGGCAAGUACCUCUGCCCUGGCCUCAUCGACUGUCACGUCCACAUCGCCGUCGUCCCCGGCGAAGUCGAUCUCCGCGCCUACAAAGACAUGACCGAACGCAAGAGUCUCCUCCGCCAGCCCUACGUCCUAAAGACCAUGCUCUCGCGCGGCUUCACCUCAAUCCGCGACUGUGGUGGCGCAAGCCUAGCCGUGAAAGAAGCCGUCGAGGAAGGUGUCCUCCCCGGCCCCCGUCUUUUCAUCGCUGGCUUCGCUCUCUCCCAGACUGGAGGGCAUGGAGACAUGCGCGGAUCCCAUGAUGAGCAGUUUUGCUGUGGCGGGGCCAUUUCGGGUAUCAGUCGGAUCGUCGACGGAGCCGCGGAAUGCUACAAGUACGCGCGCGAGGAGCUGCGACAAGGUGCGGAUUUCAUUAAGAUCAUGGGCGGCGGAGGUGUUUCUAGUCCAACGGAUCGCAUUGAGCAUGUGCAGUUCUCUGAUGAGGAGAUUAAGGCGAUCGUGACUGUGGCAAAGAAUGCGGGAACUUAUGUUACCAGUCAUAGCUAUACGCCGCAGGCUAUUCAGCAGGCGAUCAAUCUUGGUGUUCGUGGAAUUGAGCAUGGAAACUUGAUUGAUCUUGAGACUGCGAAGAUGAUGGCCGAGAAGGGCUGUUUCCUUACGCCUACUCUAAUUGUGCAUGUCAUGUCUAAGCAGAUGAAUUUCUUGCCUGCGGAUGGCGCGGCGAAGAAUGAUGAGGUCUUGGAGAAGGGGUUGAGGGCUAUGAAGAUGGCUGUGGAUGCUGGUGUUACUGUCUGUUUUGGAACGGAUCUUUUGGGGCCGAUGCAUUUUGCGCAGAGUAAAGAGUUCUCUGUCCGUAGUCAGGUUUUAACUGCUGUUCAGAUUCUGCGCAGUGCUACGGUUAAUGCGGCAAGGUUGCUCAUGCAGGAGGAGAGGUUGGGUCAGGUUAAGCAGGGCUUUGCGGCGGAUUUGUUGGUUCUUGACAAGAAUCCAUUGGAGGAUAUUACUGUGUUGGAUAGAGUGGAGGAGAACGUCCUUGGUGUCAUUAAAGAUGGAAGGGUCAUGACAUCUCGGUGGGAGAAGUUGACGGUUGACGCAUAA